GCACUGUAUCUCAGUGCUGGUUGAUUUCAGGCUGUUCAGCUCCUCCUCCUCUCUUUAUCUCUGAUUCUGAGUGACUGAGAGAGUGAGAGAGAGAGAGUGAGUGAAUGAGGUGAAUGAACAGCAGAGAGCAGCACAGCGCAGCUCAGCCCGCAGAUCCGCCCACUCCUGCUCUACUAUCCUAGGUUACUCCAGUGAGACGCUGCCUGCCGGCUGUGGAGCUCCUCCAGCACAACACUGCUGACAGCACAAAGCGCGGAGAGCAAGGUGAACCCGGCCAGCGGCACAACAAACAGGCGGGGUAGUUUUACACACAGCCCGCCGGAGGGGUUUUAUACUGUAGAAACAGCUUUAAAACAACAGAAAGCAGCAGCUCAGACACUGAUACAGAGCGGGACGCGGUUCUCCACCUUCUCCUGGGCUGAGCAGCUGUGGGUCCUGCAGGUUUAGGCGUGGAAAGAAGAGAAGAGAAGAGAAGAGAAGAGAAGAGUAGUUCAUUGAGCAGGACAGGCUGGGCUGAGACUGUUCUCCUGGACUGAGAGCUGAAGAAAACCAGUUAGAAUAAGGGUCCUGUGCUGUCAGUGGGAUGGUAGAAGGGUGGAGGGGAGUCCAGUGUGAAGGAGCAUGGUGAAGCACCAACCCUUGCAGGUCUACGAGAGACAGCUGUGUUUGUCAUGUCUGACAGGGAUCUACGGCUGCCGCUGGAAACGCUACCAGCGGUCACAUGAUGACACCACAAAGUGGGAGUGUUUGUGGACCGUCAUUCUCUUUGGGACGUUUUCUUUGCUGUUGGUGUGGUUUUACUUCUGGUGGGAAGCUCACAAUGACUACAAUGAAUUUAACUGGUUUUUAUAUAACCGGUCGGGCGAGUGGAGUGAUGGGACGGUUCCAAUACUUGCCACGACAGCUGCAGGUCUUACAUAUAUUGCCUUUUUAGUGAUUCUAGCACUAUGUCACAUAGCGGUUGGACAGCAGCUGAACUUGCACUGGCUCCAUAAGAUUGGAGUGACUGCAGCUCUGCUGACCACAGUAAUUGGAGUGAUAUCAGUCAGUCAGACGUGGGGCGAGGAAUGGGACGUCGUUUCUAUCUCUCUCCAAGCUACAGGGCCGUUCCUGCAUAUAGGUGCGCUGGCUGCACUCACUGCUCUGGCCUGGCUGGUGGCUGGACAGGUGGCUCGAGCUGAGAAGACCAGGUUUCAGAUAAUAGUUCUCCUGAUCUACCUGGCUGUGCUUCUGAGCCUCUACCUGACCCCACUGUCCAUCUCCUCACCCUGCAUCAUGGAGCGAGACAGCCUGAAGGCACGGCCUGUCGUCAUCGGUCACCAAGGAGCUCCUAUGUUGGCUCCUGAGAACACGCUGCUCUCGUUCCGGAGGGCGCUGCAGAUGAAUGUGAGUGGACUGCAGGCUGAAGUGGCCAUCAGCCUAGAUGGAGUGCCCUUCCUGAUGAGGGACCGCACCCUGCGCAGAACCACGGACGUGAGCAGAGUCUUUCCAGAGAGACAGUACGAGGACGCCUCGUUCUUCAACUGGACUGACCUGCGCUCGCUCAAUGCUGGCCUCUGGUUUCUGAAGGAUGACCCGUACUGGGUGGUGCAGUACAUGUCGGAGCGGGAGCGCUGGAUGGUGGGGAAUCAGACUGUGUGCAGUUUGGAGCAGAUGCUCCAGCUAGCAGCUCGCACCAACCUCUCAGCCCUCUUCACCCUCCGCAGACCUCCACCUGACCACCCUCACCACCUGGACUGGGUCAACCUCACACUGGCCACCGUGCUGCACUCUGGCAUUGCUCAGAACCUGGUGCGGUGGAGUGAGGACUGGGACAGGGAGCAGGUGAGGCUGGAGGCUCCAGGCUUCCAGCAAAUCUCCACAAAGAAGCAGCCGCUGGAGACUCUCCAUAAGAAGGGCAUCAGCAAGCUCCUGCUGCGCUACAACCAAGCCACAGCUCGAGAUGUGCGGACGUAUGCAGCGGGGAACGUCAGCAUGACUCUGUACACUGUGAACGAGCCGUGGCUGUACUCUCUGUUGUGGUGCAGUGGGGUGCAGUCGGUCUCCUCUGAGGCUCCGCAGCUCCUCAAGAAAGUGCUGUCCCCCCUCUGGCUAAUGAGCCCAGAUGAGUACUGCCUGAUUUGGGUGGCCACUGAUCUCAUCUCCUUCGCUUUAGUGCUGGGAAUUUUCAUAUUCCAGAACUAUCACAUGAUCAGGUGGAGGAUGAGUGGUAUGCGUAGCUACAACCCAGAGCAGAUCAUGCUAAGCGCUGCUGUCAGGAGGUCCAGCCGAGACGUCAACAUCAUGAAGGAGAAGCUCAUCUUCUCUGCUCAUAAAUGGCUGUCGUCUUGAUAGCCAUGCUAGCACUGGCUUUAAAAUGAGGUGAGCAAUGGGAUCAAUGAGGACAAUGGGUUUGACUACUACAACAAUCAAGACAUUCACUGACUCCAUGGACUUUCCCGACUGUCUGGGUGAAAAGACGAUACAGCUUGGAUAAAAUGUGACUUGUUUACUUUAUGGUAUUUCUUGGGCGAUUCUACUGUAUGGCUGGAGAAACAAUGGUGUAUGUAUAUUCUGUAUAGAUUUAUUCUUUUAAUGUUCAUUUUUAUCUUAUUUUAUUGCUUGUAAUGAAGUAGCUACGUAGGUAAAUGAGGUGGAAGCCUUGUGCGUUUUACCAAAUCUGUGGCCUCUGCCCCCUCCGGUGCUCAGGGGGGCCGGAACGUCCAUCGUCUGCUUCUGACUGCAAGCAUGCCUGUAACAAAAGUGGAGCAUCUUAAUGAACUUACCCUUACAUUUAGAGGUAACGUCCUAUAACCAGGAAUCUGAUAGAGAAAAAGUGUGUAAACUGUGUUUUUAGGGUUUUACUCGGGCAUGAUGUGAACAGUACUGCCUUCUGUUAGAGCUGAAGCAACUAACAAAAACUUCAAGUGUGUUUACAGAGUGCCUGCCUUUCUCCUUCGUGUGAACUGUAAACUAUUUACACCACGUGACUAUUCAAUUUAGACAUUUUCAUAUGUGCUCGGCUUGUCUUUUUCCCCGUUUUAAACAAUACGCUAACUUUUUAUAAUGUAACAUUUUAUGCCUUUUAAAAAUGAAUAAAUAAACGCAUUCAAACUGCAGAUCUGAACUUAAGAAGCAGGUGAUUAAAGCAGCAUGCAGAACACAGUGUUCUCUAUUGUGUGGGUUCUCUGUAAAUGAAUAAAUGGUUGGUAUGAAAAGAGUACAGUACAGUACAGUAGUUCUACACUGACGUGGAGUUUGAGCGCUCUGUGCAAAGCUACUUAAACAGCUGGCCUAGCAUCAAAACUGAUAAAACACACUGUACAGUGAUUGUGGAAUAAUGUCAUGUGAUCAUUGCUAUUCAUUACCUAUCAGCACUCUGAACUAAACUAAACUAAACGUGUCCUAUGGUCCUGAUUAUUACGACAGCAGUCGUAACUCUAGGAACAAAGUCAACUGUAGAUUUUAUGAACAGUAAAAAGCUUUCAACAGCAUUAUCACAUGAGAGUUUGAACAAAUCAUACUACUUCAUGUUUUUAUUUUGUAUUUGUCAGAUGUCAUUCAAUAAAAAUAAAAAUCUGUUCAACUGUU